ACCACGUCUCAGCCGCCGUCGCUCUCUUUUUUUGCCUCUUCACCUUCGCCGAUUGCUGUUGGUACCCGACUAUUGCUGUGUGCUCUUCAGCUCUGCACCCGGAACAGCGGCAUCUUCAUCAUCACCGGAAAAACUUCAUCCUCUUCUCCUCUUUCUUGUUAUUCUCCUCUUAUCCGCCUGCUGCCCACCGCUGCGACGAUCGCAUUUUAUCGCCCAACGCACCGCCGAACACGGGAACCAACAUCCUCACACACAGCGUUCCGCAUCAAACCACCGUCUCCCACUCCAACCUAGCUCUUUUUCUCUUCAGCUGCUCUGUUUGGAUACAUAUUAUUGUAGCGACACCUCUACUUUAUUAUUUGAUUCGAUAUUCAAGCACUCUCACCAAAAAAAAACUUGAACGUACCGCAUUUGGAAUCACCGAGCCUUACUUAGACUCUGCUUCAUCCCGACCACGACGCCACACAUCUCGUUACAAUUUGUGACGCGCCGACAUUUUCCAGGACUGCACAAAGCAAAAAACACAAAAUUGUCAUAAAAACUGCAUUUUGAGACAUAUUUUCUCGCAAUCCUAGGCCACGCACACUUUGCAACACCUCACAUCUACCUGCGCAGUGAGCCGUCCUUGCACUGUGCCACCUUAUCUGCCACCGAUCGCUUGAUUUCAGAAUGAGUGCUGCAAUUGCCGUGGCUCCCUCACCUCCUCACAAGCGCAAUCCUCUCCCAGAAAUGGCCAACUCUUCCAAUGCCGCGCCGGCGCAUGGCGCCACUUCCCCGUCGGCGCCCAAAGCCAACCCGCCUCUUGCUCCUCGCACUGCGGCUGCUAAUAGCCCUGGAAGCGUCAGCCCCAAAACCACCAUUGCUAAGCCGUCACCUCCCCGAACUGCCAAGAAUGGCCAACCAGGUGUUGUUAUUAAGAAGGAACCUGGAUCCCCAAGAAUGGCAAACAACCGUCACCGCCCUCCUAUGCUUCAUCUUUCAAGAGCCAAUGUUCCAGGUGGUCCCGCAACGGCUAUUGGUCUUCCUGGCCGCGAGGGCCUUGGAAUCCAAGAGGUCGGGCUCGCCUGCCUUUCACCUGGCUUCGUCACCCAAGACCCCGUCAUGAAGCAGCAGCUAGAGCGCAGUAUGACCGUCAGAGACCAACAGAGAGAUAUCAUUGAGAGACGCCUUCAGCAACAAUCUGCCAAGGGUGAGAGACAUCCAGAGACGCCUGGCUUUGCCGCAAAGACACCUGGCAUGUCGCGCAGAAAGGGAGUACCACCCGGUCUGUCUAUUGUGGCGCCAUCUCACGAACAGUUUGCCAAUGAGCUUGUUAUCCAAUCGGCCCCCCUUGGCCGCAGCUUCACUGGUCGUCACUACGCUGAACCAAACACCCGUCAUAUUGCGCCCAACCGCGGCGGACAUAGCCACAUCCAUCCUCCUCCUCAGCACUCCGCCAACCGUCUUCCUCCCAUCAGCGAUGUCUUCUCCCAUGGAACUCCUGCGCAUGCAGAGGCGCCUGCUAUGUACUCUGGAGGUAGACCUAUGCCGCCCCGAAUUGCUCCCUAAGCUCGUGCACUACGGCGGCCACCAACCCCCCACGCCGCCAUCACCUCGUGGUGCUCCCGCUCCCAACGGCAGCGGUAGAAGAAGACCCCGUGCUGAGUAUGAAGGAAGCAGCCCACCACUCGGCCACGGACCCAGCGCUACUCGCAGAGGGCCAUUUGGAGCCGGCCGCGACAGCCCUGAGACACAACGACAAAAGAAGGAAGAAUUCCUCCGUCUCUGUGACAGAGCAUGGGACCUCUUCCACUCAUAAGUGGCUUAGCCGAAUUACCAAACUGCUAGCGUCUAAUCUUCCCGUUUCGUCUUUAUACUGGGAACCAACGUGUUGUAGAUAAACACGGCACCCAAACCUUGGACAGAAGGUUCCCAACCCUUUUUACGAUUUCACCUUUUUUUUACAUAUUUGAUAUCCACAGCAGACGCUAGCAGGCUGGCGGCCUUGCACGACCAAACGUGUCAGACAUUUUGCACUAUGCACCGCUUCAACUCUGAAUCGCAAGGACACGAACGAACCGAAACGGGACAUACCUCUACUUCAAUUGCACACGGGAUGGAGAAGUGUUUUGCACCUUUUCCCAUCUAGUUACAUAACUGGCGAAAAUAUUUAAGGGAUUUGCGGGAUUUGCAUGGAGAUGGGCAGGAUUUUGCGACGUGAUGGAUUCAGAAUUGGAAAGAUUAAGACAUCCAGGGGAUAUGGCACUGCGAAGUGCUGAUGUUCCGUGUAUUUGAUUUUUUGUUGGACUUUUUCUUUUUGGGUUAGGGGAACUUGAACAUGAGGAUAACUUGCUUUCAAGAGGAGUCAUUGCACACUGAUGGUGAUCAAGGCUUUUUUUUUUGGGCGCGGGGGUGCUUUCUACUGGCUGGAAGGCAUAUACCGGAGUAUACUUUCUUCUUGUUGUUUUAUUUCUAUUUUUGCACGACCAACAGAGUCUUCUUUUUUUUAUAUCUUGCGCUUGAAGCUAAUAAGCUGAAUAAACACACAUUUCAUAUACAUUGUGAUAUCCUGCUUUGGCAAAACCUGGUUAAAGCAUAUAUGUAGAGAACAGAUUUAAGUAAACAUUUCAGUCGUCAUUUAAAAGAUAAUCUAGCAACGAACGUUACAUGCCUGAAAAAGCAUUCGUACAGAAAAAUGUAUGAAGAAGGGAAGAAGAAAAAUGAAGACGAAGAGACUCAAUCAAUCCAAAGCUAUUUCCAAUGGCAUGCAUGGGACACCGCCAAUGGAUAAGCAGAGCAGCACUGAAGCGUCGUGUUGACAACGCAAAUGUACUUAAUCUGAGCUUCGAGGAACAACGAUUUGACCAAAUUGACGGGGUUGUUGGAGCAUCUUCAGAGAAGAAAGAAGAAGAAGGCGGUACUACGACCGCACCGUAUAUAGAAUUGUCGUUUCAAUGUCGUAAGAGUGGGUAUGCACGUCGCACACUGGUUUCUGGUGUAUGCGAAUGUUGCGCUGGCCGGGAGCUGAAUGCAGUCGAGGGGGUAUCUAUGUAUAUAUAGAGAAACAGGCGUUUUCAGAAAAGAAGAACGCCCCCCCGUGCGGUCUGGUCCUCUUCCCGUAGCAGGUUUGAAGGGGGUAGCAGACGCGGGGAGGGAUGGGUAUUUUGUUUAAACACACGUGAAAAACUGGUUGUACAAGGUAGAACCUGCUGAUAGGUGGGCAGCCACGGCGCACGCAGCGGCUUGCCAAAGAAGCAGGCUUGCGCGCAAUGCCGUGGCUACCGCCAUCGGAGCAGUCCGCCAUGCCAAUAGAGCAUGACGGACAGUGUGUUAGAGACCCUCCUCGCCGGCCUUGCAAAGUUUUACUUCGCGGACCCAUUCGGACUUGAGCACCUGCGCGGCUGUGAGGCGGCGCGUAGGAUGAGGAUCAAGGACGGAGUAGAUGACGUUACGGCAUCGAGCCUGGGUGAGGCGAUGAUAAUUAGCAGCUGUCAAGAGAGAGAGAACAUGGUAUAUGUUAAUGAUCAGUCAAAACUUACUCGGUGCAGAGACUCAAUAGGGCCGUAGCCGUCUUCGUCGCGGCGGCCCUCGAGGUAUCGGCCGUAAAACUCGUCUUCGUCCUUCUUGGCAACGCGCCAGAGAUGUCUGCCGGUGCGCAUGGCCAUGUAAAUGACACCACACGCCCACACGUCAACGGCUCUGGCGUCGAAUUCCUUGUCAGUAUAUUCCUCGGGGGAGAUGUAGGGUGCAGAACCACAGAGGCCGGAGACCAUGUGGGCAUCGGUCUCCCAGGCCAUGCGGAAGCAUUCGCCGUUGCCAAAAUCGGUAAUUUUGAGGCCACCGCGAGUGGUGAGCAAAAGGUUCUCGGGCUUGAGAUCGCGAUGAGCAACACCCAUUUCGUGGAGGUACUCGACACCGCGCAUCAUUUGCUUGAAGAAGCAAUCGGCUUCCUGGACUUCGAGCUUGCCACUGGAGAGGAUCAAGGUGUACAAAUCGCCGCCGGCACAAAACUCCAUGACCUCGCAGUAGUCACCCUUGGCGUCCUUGAGCAAGUCGAGGGUGUGGAUGACGUUGGGGUGUCGAAGGGAAGAGGAGAUGCAGAAUUCGGCAGUGAGGCGCUUGCUGUACUUCUUUUCGGUUUCCUCGGGGCGACGACGGAAUUCCUUGACGGCAAAGAGUUUCUCGCCGGCUCCAAGCUUCUUGUGCGAGAUGCGCACAAUGCCAAAGGCUCCACGGCCGACAAUCUCCUGGCAUUUGCCAUAUUUUUCAACAAGGGUGGAAGAGACGUUGACAUUGCCCUUCUUCUCGGCAGCGUCUUCCUUUUCUUGACGCAACGAGUCAACCCAAUUUGAGACGAGGGAGAGAUCGCUUUCUGGAGUGGGUUCUUGCUUUUUGCCGAUUAAGCUUCUCCACAUAUCGGACAGCUUUUCCUGUCUUCGGCUCGACUUGAGAACGUGUUCGUGGCCGCCAGGAACGUCUGGGUUAGCGGUAAAGCGAGUAGAGGGCUCCUUGCCGCCAGCAGCCUUGGGGGCAGCUGGUUUCUCUGCAGGCUUCUCUGCAGGCUUCUCGCUGGACUUGUCGCCAGAGGAUCUGUCCUUCUCAGAAGACGGGCUCUUGCGAGUUGCCGGAGCCGCGAGCCCGUUUAUCGACGCGCCGCGCGAGCGGGUGCCAGAUUCGCCGUUGGGAGUUCCAGUUCGGCUGGGCUCUUUACUUGAGAACAUACCCUUGAGACGGUCCUUGACAGAGGCCUUCUCAGCGGGUCGGACAGGAGAUUCGCCAUUAGAAGGGACUUCUGGCAGAGCAUCCUGAGGUCGAAGAGCAGGAGACCGUUUGACGCUGUUAUGCGAUUUGAUGGACGACGGUUUUGAAGCCGGAGCCGAGUUCGGCUUCGAGUCGGUGCCUGAUGCGGCAGGCAUUGUCGCAAUAGUCGGUAGGCUGACACUGUGCGAUGUUCGAUUAUACAAAACGUCUGGUAAAGAAGGUUGUCGAUAAGAUUGACGAUUGAUACGAAAGUCAAGAAACGGAUUUCGCGAAGCUUAUAGACUCGUUAUAUCAAGCACUUGAAUGGAGGGGCGUCGGUAAAAGAAGACGGUGGGAGGAUGCGACAACGAUUCGUUACAGAAAGGGUAGUCAGAGUAGGCGGAUCGGGCAAGACGAGUCGCGAAAUCGAGACAGUUAAGGUUGUAUGUUAACUCGAGGAGUUUAUAUGUUGCAGACAACGCCUACGGGGGCGUUGGAGGACUGUAAGGCGGACAAAAUGUCGAGGCGCGUUUGACUGUCGCCACAGGGUGUGUUUGGUGGUGAAACUUGGG